AUCAGGUGAGGGACACCUGCCUGUGACUCUAAGCGUCUGAUAGUCUUUCCCAGUGAAUUGUCUCACCUCCUGCGGAGUACGCUGGUUCAACAACGGGCAGAUUAGAGUUCUCCUCGACCUCUUUCCGCUCCUCCCCAUCCUCGGGGAAAACGGGAAUAAAUGAUCAGCCCCGCGUGGGCGAGCAGCCGGCUGAGCGCAGCCGGUUGACCGGAGCGCGCAGGGCCAUCGCUGGGCACCCCACCCCCUCUCCCCGCACCGCCUCCAGCGCGAGUGACAACGCGCCCUCCGGGCUCGGGAGCGCUGGCGCCGAACAAUCCCCGGCAGGGCUCGACUCGCCGCUGGUGACAUCACUCCCAAAGAUACUCCCCGCUCUCAGUGCCUGCCUUCGCGAGGCGUCUGUCCGUUUGUCCGUUUCUUUCCAUCACCUGCUGGAGAGGGCUCAUCUCCGUUAGCGGACACAGCCGGGCACCGAGGAGCGACAGGACCCGGACGACGAGGGAGAGCGAAGGCAGCGAGGGAAGGAGGACCCCGGCAGGCGACAGAAUGAAAUUCAGCCCAGCACACUACUUGCUGCCUCUCCUGCCUGCGCUGGUCUUCAGCACUAGACAGGACCAUGAAGAUCUAGAAAAGCAGCUGAAAGAAAUCUUUAAGGAGCGAAGCACCAUCCUCCAACAGCUGACAAAGAACUCAAAAGAACUUGAUGGAAUUAAAGGCAACCUUCAGUCUUUGAAAAAUGAAGAGAAAUCGGCCAAAACUAAUGUUCAGACUCUUCUAGAAAUAAGUCAGAAACAAAGAGAACAAAUGAAGUCUCUCCAGGAGGCCCUGCAAAAUCAACUUAAAGAGGCAUCUGAGAAAGCAGAAAAACAACAGGCUACUAUUAAUUUUUUAAAGACUGAAGUGGAAAGAAAGAGCAAAAUGAUCCGAGAUCUUCAGAAUGAGAAUAAAAGCUUGAAAAACAAACUCUUGUCAGGAAACAAGCUGUGUGGCAUUCGUGCAGAAGAGUCAAAAAAAAUCCAAGCCCAGUUGAAAGAGCUUCGGUAUGGGAAAAAGGAUUUGUUAUUUAAGGCCCAGCAGCUUACUGAUCUGGAACAAAAAUUAGCUGUGGCCAGAAAUGAGCUGAAGAAAGCAGCUCUGGACCGGGAGUCGCAACUGAAAGCAAUGAAAGAGACUGUAAACCUCUGUCUGUCAACAGUUUUCAAUGAUCAACCAUCCCCGUUGAGUCUAACAAGGUCAAAUCCAACUCAUAUGUCAUUUCUACCCAAGGCAAUUGACACUGCGAUUCCAGACGCAACGAUGGAAAGCAAGCUUUUGCAGGAGGAUGGGACCUAUUUAAUGAAGCAUGAAGAAAAUUCCCCAAGUACUGACACUGCAAAACCAGAGCCUACCCCAGAGGAAUUGCAAAUGCCUCUUUGUACUGAAUGUGAAGUGAAAAAGGCCCAGGAAAAACAAUUGACCAGCUUCGAAGGGAGGGCAACUAGAGAAGAAAAAAUACUGUAAAUACCAAGAAACUGUGUAAAAAACAUCCAUUUGCUAUUGUCUUCAUACCCUUUUUAGACUACAGGCUUUAUGGAAAUACUAAGUUUUUAAAGCAUGCAACUUUUUCACAAUUUUAUGUACUUUAUAAAGUAGUCCACAAAUUUUCCAAAAGAUUCCAGGCCAAUUAUGAUUCUCAAGCAAUAACCUAAUUAAAAAAGAUAUCCACAGUCAUAAAUAGUCAUUGUCAUCAGUAAAUUGCCCAAUAUCAAUUGGUCUGUUUUGAAUUCAGAUGCAAAAUAACACUUAAUUCUUAUGAUUCAUUUGAGUAUGUAGUACUUCUAAGAUCUAAUUUGUGAAAUCAGCUGGAGGAUGAUAAAAUGUUUUGAAUCCACAUUUUUAGAAUCCAAAUUGCAGUUAUAUCAUAAAGAUCCUGGUCCACAUUAGUCAGUUGAAGUUACUUUCCUCAAGGUUGGAAUCUGUGCUGACCUGAAUAUAUAUAUAUUGAGAGUGAUUUUUGCUAUUCUUCUUAUGUUGAACAUGGCUAAAUAAUGUCAAGGCAAUUCUGUCAGGGAUUUAGUCAGUUAACAGAGUCCACUAAAUAUGUUUGGUAUGAUGUAGAAAAAAUAUCUGGAUGAAUUACCAAAUUUAUGACAUAAUUGCCUAGAUUUUUUGGCAUUCUAUAGACACAUCCCUAUAGCUGUCUGCUGGAAUUACUUCAAGUUUGGAAUCAAGUUGUUUGAAAUGCUUGACAUGAUUUUUGGUAGGAAAUUGGAUAGUGAAAUGUGGGAUGGGAUGAGAGUUCCAAAAUACAUAUAUGUAAGCAAAUAAUAUACAUUUAAAAAUGGAGAUUUGAUAAAAGUAAAAUAGCUAUGUAGAAUCCAUGAAAGUAGUUUUUUUAAUAUAUAUAUUUUGAAAACAUACGUAUUAUUGAAACAAAUCAAUGGCUGCAAUAAUCUUUGUCAUUAGGGCUCUACAUAGGAAUAUCACCAAAUAAAUUCAGUUCCAAGUAACCUGAAGCUCACAAGCAAGAGGAAUCGACACUUGAAUAAUUAUCUGAUUGAUAGGAUCAAUAUAGCAUCAAAUGUACAGACUCAAAUCAAUGGGUUAAAUGAUCAAGUUACUUUGUCUGCACCAAAUAUAUAUAGAUCCAUUUUACAGAAAGCAUAUAAAACCAUCAGUAUUACAUAAUGGAUCUGCUAAGCCAUAAUUAAUAUAUUUGGAGCACUGUAUCCUGGUAAGUUGCAUUAGAAAAUAUUUAAUAAAAAAUAUAUAUAUGUAUAAAAUUAAAUCUGCAAUUAGUAGAUGAAACUAAAUUCUGGGUUAUAAUGGCACACCUUUAAUCAUAAUUACAUAUUCAAAGAAGUUUAGUUAUUUGAAAAAAUAGCAAACUAUCAUUAACAAUGAAGGUAAUAUUGUGAUAUAUUCAUGUAGCUGUUGUACUUACAGAAUAACUUAGUGUCAUAUGUCAGUAUUUUUCAGAUUACAGACUACCUAAGAAAGAAAGAGAAUUAAUUUUGUAGAUAAUAGAGUUUUCAGAUGAAGUAACUGGUCUAGAAGAAAAGAUCAAGCCCCAAAAUAAGAUAAAUUUAAAUAUACUGACUCCUUCUCAGCUCUAAAAACUUAAUUCUAUAAGGUGGAAAAUUGCUAGUUUCUCAAGUCCCGUUCCUUGUAAUUUCUCCAUUGUACCACUAAAUCCUAACCAUCUCUAAAGGCUUAUGAAAGGGAAGAAGAUAAUUGAGUUUUAAUGUAGGUUUACUUUCCUACCCCAACCCUGUACCCUAACUUCACUCCUAUACUCUAUGGAUCCUAUGGAAAGUUAAUUGCCAUUUUACUUUAGCAGUGUUUUGAAGCAUCUUUGGAACUAAUAAAAAGAGAGUAAAGCUGAUACUUUCUGAAAUUUUUACAGCAUAUCAUAAUGAAAGAUGAGGAUUUGGCUUAAUAUUAAUCAAAUUUGAAUAGUUAAUUGUAAAUUAUGUGUUCUAUACUCUAAAUUCCUAUGCUAGUAUGUGAUAAUAUAAUCAAGUUACUUCUCUUAAUUAUUGUCAUGAAGAAGUGGGCUUUGAAUGAGUAUAAUGUAUAUACUUUUCUUUAAUGACAGUAUUAUGUGUCCUGCAGAGCUUACUGUGCUAUAUUCAUUACAUUAUUUGUUUUAAAACAAAAGGAAUUUUUAGCAGAAAAGCUUUAUAUAUUUUUAAAGAAAUUUUCUCGGAGUUCCUUUUAAUAGUUGAGCACAGAAUUCUUUUUUUGUAUGUUCUACGACUUUAAUGAAUGCAUUUUAUUUCUCUCAAUGCUUUAAUUGCUUUAAAAUGGCAUUGGAGAGGUUUAAAUGCUUUACUUACAUGUGUGGCUUUUGUCUAUGAGAGAGGGACCAUUUCUUAUCAUGUCUUUUAAUUAACAGCUCUAUAAAUAGAUGGUUGUUUUUGAGGAGCUAACAUUCAUAGCCUAACUAUCCUCAUAUGUAAGAAAACGUUAACCUGAAUGUCGAAUAUAGAUAGUACUAUUCUAUUAUGUACCUGUAAUGGUAAGCAGUGAAAGAUUACUUAUGCUUUGCAGAAUAUGAAUUCAUUUCUGUUGAGAAACAAACAUAUUUUCCAUUGGAAUUACUUAAUAUAGGGAUUACCAGAACUGUAGCAAUUUAUUUCUCUCUCAUUAUUUUAAAGUACUAAUCAAUGUUAUAUGUUCAUUCUAAGUUAGAAAUUCAUUUUGGACUUUAUUUCCUUUUAUAUGCAUUAACAAUUUAAAUUGAACUAGUCCCCAAAUUGUAUAAGACCUAAAUGAAUGUCGACUGUGUAUCCAAUGCCAACGUUCUUGGAUGAAAAGUUAAAAAUUCAGUAACUCAUCUGGAUGUGGUUUUCUAUGUGAUCUCAAAUCUCUGAAUAUUGAAUAUAUUAGAUGGCUAACUUCUUUUUUUCAUUUUUUAAUCAUAUAUUUAGCAUUGCAAUGCUAUUUCAGACAUAAUUCUGUUUCUUAAAAUAUACUGGACUACAAGUCUAAGGCUGUUAUAUGUGAAGGAGACAUUUACUGUUUUAGAUUGACAAUGUGAAUAGCUGGAUUAAAACAAUAUCUGUGAACUUUGCUAUAAUGGAAACUUUUAUUUUAAAGCUUAAGUCUACAUGUAAUUAACAUUAACUGCAGCAGAGGCUGAAAUAAUUAUUGGUAUUGUACAGUAGGAUCAGCUGGCCAGAUAUAAAGAAUAAUGAAAACAUAUACUUGUUUACUUAGGGGACAUUUUCUUAGUCAUAUGUACAGUCUUAAACUAUUUUUUUCAUCUGGAUUAUGUAACAUAGUAUUAAAGGCCAAGCGAUAAAGAAUAAAAGGUACCGAAAGAUGGCCUAUUUUUGCUCAAUAAAGAUUUGUUACCAAAACUACAAUGCAUAUUAUCCUACACAAACUAACUGAAAAAGCCAAUGUCAAUGUUAAAAAUAGUACUUGCCUCUGUAUAUCAAGAUCUAAGAACCUUUUUAAAAUGUCAUCCUGGAAGCUUCUUUAAUUUUUGACAAUGUCCCAGAAAUCUUUUAUGUAGUGUGUGUGUUUUUUUGAGAGUUUUGUGAUGGCAGAGAUUUUUGUCUUUUUGUUUGCAAAUGAGUCUCAAGUGCUGAGAACUAGCUGUCUCAUAAAAAGGUGCUCAAAUAUUUGCUGAAUGAAUUCAUUUAGAACCUGGAGCAGCAAGGGAAGAAGUAAAGGAAGUGUCAAGAAAGCAUAUUCUACUAUGAUAACAGGGAAUCAUAAGAUAAAUCUUUUAGGAAGAAAAAUAAAUAUCAUCUUUUAGGUUUUA